UACCUGUGGUCUUAACAGGUAGAUGUCUUUGUCGCUCUCUUGCCCCUUGUCAGUCCUUGCAUUUGUAUAUGUGUGCGAUUAUGCUUCACUCUGAAUGUAAUAUUCUACAAGCUUGAUAAAUGUGUCAGUCAUAGUCUAUAUGGUUAUGAAAAUACUUACCCUCCUAGAAAAAAAUAACUAUAUCCGAGAAACUGCUUGUUACUCUAAAUAUAUAGUUUGAAAGUGAAAUCUGACAUGAUAUCUACUUUAAUUCUUCAUUUCGAAUGCACAAGUACAUGCAAUGUUAAUAAAUAAUAACUUGGAAUACAAGAUUUUUAUAAUAAUGUUACGAACAAGUGACAGUGCGAGGACACCAUUGAUGUAAAUGAUCCACACAACUAAAAUAGAAUUGAGGGUCUAAAACAAAUGAGUGCGAGUAUAAGUAAAGAAAGAAUAAAUUUUUCAUGCAACUAAAUGAGAAUUUAAUAAGUGUUUACAUCGAUAAAUAUAUAUCAAAAAUUAUAUUAUAUCAUUUAAUGCUAAAAAUGUCAUUAUCAACAGUCAGUUGUAACUAUAAAAUAAAAAUGCAAUGCUAGAAAUGUACCAUCUAUUAAACAAAAAAACGUUAACAGAAGUUUAUCUUCGACAAAUACGCAUUUGAAAUAUGUUUAUAUUUUAUUAACAGUAGUACACAUUGAAAAACUAACUAAAAUGCACCAACCUACUCACAGAGAAUCAAUGAUAACACAACGUAGACUGCAAUGACCAUGAUUGUUGCCCAUUAAUAAUAAUAAAAAUAAUAAAAUGCCAAAAUUUGUAAAGCACAUACUCCUAAGGAGCAUGCUUUUCGCGCUCAUGAUCAAGAACGAAACAUGAACAGCAUACGAGGGACAGGAAAACAAAAAAAUAACAUAUAAGUUAUCAAAGAAUAUACAGUCAUACUAAACGACUAAAAUAAAAUACAGAAAACACAAAGAGGAACCAAAUAACAAGAACAAGAACGGACAGUAACAUGAUAUUGGAAAAGCAGGGAUGUGAAAAAGGACUAGCACUAUGGAAAAGGUUGUUGCUGUUGUUAAUGUUGUUGUUAAUAAUAAUAAUAAGAAGAAGAAGAUGAAGAAGUGGGAAUUUAUAAAGCACAUUACCUCAUCCAAAGGUGAACCUAUUAAGCUGAACAAAAUCAUAAAACAGUGACAAAGUUGUAAAACAAAACAGUAACAAAGAUGUAGAAGGAAGAACAAUGCCAGGACUCGCUGCGUUCCGACAGUAAAGGGCGAUAACUGUAGAUCUACCGUAACGAUUACAGACAAUAAGGUGAGUUACAUCAGGAGACCACUGGGAAGAUAUUAAGUAAUCUUUAGAAUAUGAAAAAAUGUUAUUGUAUAAAACUGCCAGAGGGUGAUCAUCACUUCAGUUUAUUCAGUGCAGCUCAAGGUGGCUGCCGAAGCGAGUGAAGCGGGCGGAAUGGAAUCCAGCCGACAGAUCUAAACAGUUCGCACUUUAAAAUAACAUUAUAUAUAUAUCGUCCUGUUGCAAACCAGAAGAGGAAGAAACGUAGCAGAAGCACAUGUAAACAUGAUGGUCCAACAUUUUAUCCAAAUCAAAGCACGACCACAAAGCAUAAACAAUAUCAAGGAGAGCUGAUACCCUCAGACUGUCAGGGGAAGGGACAGAACUCUUAAUGUUGAUUAGGAGUAGAUGUACUUACAGUCUGUCGAUCGAGUAAAUUCUGAUCUUUAACCCAAUAGAUUAUUGCCUCUGCUCAGUUCGGGUUAUGCAGUAAAAGAGAUAUUUAUAUAAUCAAAAUUAUUAAAUUUCAUUCGAAGUUAAAUCUUCCUAUUAAAUUUCGAUAAAAUCCACAACGACCAGUCGCAGCUGAGAGAGCACAAGAUAAAAAAAAAAGCUCUGAAAAUCCAUAUCUCUCGUGCUCUACCCCAGCCUGCAAGAGAGAGAGGAAGGUCUUCUUUUUUCACACAGGAAUUCCACUACUCAUGGGUUGAUCUUUUUUGUCUUACUUUUAAAAAUAAAAUUUUAUCUUCUAUGUAAAUAAAUUGUUUAGUUUUAUGUUGCAAAGAAUUAUUGAAAAAUAACUUUAAUGAUGUAAAUAAUUAAUGUCUGUAAAUUUUAUGUAAAUAUUUUGAUUGCUUGUUAUACAUUGCUGAACAACAACUUAUGCUGUAAAUAAAUUAAACUGUUUAACCUUAUAGUUUUUGUUGCAAAUAAUAAAAUUGUUUAAUUUUAUCUUUUGCCUACUAAUUGUACGUAGCUGAAGUUGAGGAAAGGAAGAGAUUUUGAAAAGCUGUUGAAUGUUUUCUUCAUGUUGUGCCAACCUGUGUACUAGAGGUGGUAAAGGGGUGUGAGAUUGGGUUGCAAAGCUGGGUGAAAGGUUAGAUGCGGGCUACAAACGAGGCUUUCAAAGGAUACGAUGAUUGUGUAAGUCGUUUAAUUUAUUUGGUCUAAAAUGAUAGUAAAAAUACAAUCUGCAGAACCCACAGGACUGCAGCAAAGCGAAACUUGUCGUCUGCAACUUGGGAAGACCCUACGGCUUCGGCAGCAUGUUGCACGAGGCGACGAUGUGUCUGUUGACGGCUGGGGAUUCGCCCCGAGCACCUGGGACACCUUCCUGAUGCCGCUGUCUACUUGUACAACUAAUGACACCAGAGACAUGGACCCUAAGAAUCAAACAGCUUCUGAUCGCGUCGUUGAGCUGAAAACCUUGAUAGGAGAGUGGAACCACUCACCGGCCAAGUUUCGUCCUCGCGCCAUCCCAGCAGACCUGGCCAAGAGGUUAAAGACCUUCCACGGUGACCCCCCGGCCUGGUGGGUCGGUCAGCUGGUCAGCUUCCUCCUGCACCCUCAGCCUCACUUUCAGCAGACCAUCGAGACACAAGGCGAUAAAAUGAAGUUUAAACGUCCUAUAGUGGGAAUUCAAAUAAGACGGACAGACAAGAUCAACAAUGAAGCGGUGUACCACAGUCUGGAGGAGUACAUGAAGCACGUGGAGGAGUAUUACGACCUGCGACAGCAGCACGAGGACAUCAAAGAACGCCGAGUGUUUGUGGCCACCGAUGACCCGUCGGUCACCACAGAAUUUCCGAAAAAGUACCCGCACUACAAUAUUAGCUGGGUGGAAGGCAGCGCAAACACAGCAUCCAUGAAAUCCCGCUUUAGCAAAGAUGGACUGAGCACAGUAAUCGUGGACCUGCACUUCCUGUCCAUGUGUGACUUUGUCGUCUGCACCUACUCUUCCAAUAUCUGUCGGGCGGUGUACGAGCUGAUACAGACCAGACAUGGCGACGCCUCCAUGAAGGUGUAUUCUCUGGACUCCUCAGUCUAUUAUCUCACAUACUACGACAUCCACUACCUGCGAGCUGUUUACAACCACGAAGCCAGGUUCGUCGGAGAACUCUCUAUUCAAGUUGGAGAUUUCAUCGACAUUGAGUCUUAUCUUUUCUACGAUAAGUCUCGAGUGUUAGCCGGUAACUUGAGAAACGGCUCCACAUUUGGCAUUAACAGACGGACUGGUAAACGAGGUCUGUUCCCCUCCUACAAGGCGGUGGAUGAAAUCGUAGAGGAAAACAUGGGGGCAUACGAUUAGAUUAGGGUUACACAACAACUGUAGCGCUGCUAUUUUAAAUGUACUAUUAUAAUCUGACCAACUGUGUUUUUAAGUGAGAAUUAGAAUUAAUUUGAGGAACGAUGCCACAAUCGGCAUCAACAAAUACAUGGGAAAAUCAGAACUUAAGGUCUUUGCCCCUGUUACCAGGUUGUUAAUGAUAUCGCAGAAAAACAUGGGGACAACGAAAAAAAAAAGAAAUUCUAAACUCCUCAACUGUUACUAAAAAUAGUACUAAUGAAAACAAAAAACUAUAGAUGCAAUCCUCGACAUUUCUGCUGAAAGAUGUUUACUUUCACUUUAAGAACUUGUUGAAGACGAUGCUUCUGUUCCGCAGCUGAAGUGGGUGACUCAGAGGAACACGGUGAAAAAAAAAAAACGGAUGUGUAUAGGUGGACUGCUUCGCGCUUUAGAACCUGUUCUACUUUUCCACGCGUUUCCACAUGGCUGUGAAAGCAACAGGGCCUCUGGCGAACCUCAGCGAGGACCAGACCGUUCAUUUGACCGAAUUAAUUAACUUCUUUGUCUCUCCUUUCUUUUUUUUUCUUUAUUUUAAUAGCCAGCCAUAGCACGAUAACAUCCAAUGUGUCCGACACUGUAGUGAACAAGGGACGCUACCGAACAUUGUAGUGAACAAGGGACGCGACUGUCGCACAGUGCUUCGUAACAGCGUUCGUGUGUGUGACCAGCGGCCCCCUCAAAGCCGGCUUAUCAAGCAGCCCGCUAGCGGGCUCGGAAAAGCGCUGCUUCGGAAGUCAAGCUUGCGAAGCCGCUUUUGGCUUCUCUUGUGUCCGCACCUUAUGCAAAGAAUUUGACUAAACCGGAAGCUUUAUACACACCUGCCUCGUUUUAGUUGCUAAUUGGAAAAAAUGGUCAGCCACAAGUCCAGUGAUACAAGUUCGUGGUGACAUGCUGCUGACAAAAUCAGCGUGUGUCCACUGCGUCUCCAAAGAGUUUUCCAACGUUAUUUGCAAAUUUUUUAAGGAUUGCAGUGAAGUGCUAAAAGUAAUUGAUGACGUUGCUAGCUAAUCGGUAAUUUUAUUACUUGUAAUAAUUACCUUUUUGAUCAAGUUUUAUUCCUUUUUCUUUUCUUUCACUUGUUUCGUUUGCUGAAACAUCAUUUCGCUCGGUUGUUGUUGCUUUAAAGUUAGCGGUGCUGGUGGAUUCGGUACAUCAGGGAUGGUUGGAACUGUAUACCAGAUCAUCCGGCAGUGAUUGGUCACUAGGUUCAUGAACUUGUUUGGUUCACAAUAGUCAGAGCAGAGAGCAUAGACUGCAUGCAAAUGUCAGCUGAGUCAGCUGACACACAACCACUCACUCAAACUUUUACAUAAGUAUUCAGAUCUUGGCUUUCGAGCAUGUGUGUGUGUGUUUUCUGUGUUGUGUAUGUUUGUGAGUGACUGUGUAUGUUUAUGUAGCAAGAGGAGUGAGAGAACAAGAGUGUGUUUAUACACGAAAAGGCUUGAAGAAGGAAAGAACCAGUGAAUGAUACAAAGAAUUUGUUAUUGUUUCUUUGUUGUUCUUUUUAGAUUAGAGGUCAUAAGCCAACCAGCAAGUGUGUGUAUGUGAAUGGGAGAUAUUAUUUAAUAAGGUAAGAAUGUGUGUAAAUAUGUAUCUGUACACUUUUAAUAUCUCAAUACCCUUAAAGGAUGACAAUAAAAAAGUCUUGAAUCUUGAACACUUCACUUGGUAGCCAGGACAGUCCUGUGGUGCAACGGUUAGCGCAAGUCACCACUACAGUGAGGAUUAGCUGAUCUGGGUUCGAAUCUCGUCUCUGGCAGACUUUCACUUUACAGGGCCACCUGCUUUGCUGUGGUAAAGCCUUAGUUUGGCGAAAAACACCAAUCUGCAGGUCAUUCGUAUUUAAAUCUCUUUGAGAAGUAAAUCUCUUUGAGAAGAUUACCAAAAUAAACAUUUCUUGUGGGAAAGAG